AUGGCCGAUCGUCCCUUGAAACCUGCCCUUCAAAGGGCGCCACUCCAGGAAUCUAGAGCAUACAGCAAUAUCAACCACCUUCGACAGCAACACUACGGGACAAAUACCCUCAACCCUCACCAUGGUCUCGUCAAUAAGCCAGGCCAGGAUGUCAGCUUUACUCGAUCGUCCUCGGCGCACUUGCCUGUCAAGCCUACCAUGGCUCCUCACAUGGACAAGGACACCACGCGGCAACGAAUCGCUCUGCAGCAAAAGCCCUUUACCUGGAAUAACGCGCAGAACAUCAAAGCGCCACCUGGCUCGGCUCGCAUACCAUCUAACCCAAUGCACAAGACUAAGCCAGUGCCCUUUCCUGGCUUCACAUCGACGACUCCGAGCUAUACCCGGUCUGAUGCGAAUAUCGAGAACCAAUGUCGGUCCCAGUCACAACACACCGAUUACGCUCAGCACCUGCCGCAACCUCAGGACACCGAGCCUCGCUCUCAAACCAAGCACAAGAACCGCGUCAACGCAGAGUACGGAUCUCCCGAAUGGACUCAGCAAAUGGCAAAUAUCCUCCCGAGGUGCCGCUUUUACUUUGACUCUGUCGACCCAUCCAUGAUAAAAAAAAUAUCCGAUGUCGUUCGCAGACACAAAGGCACGACCACCUCCUUCUUCUCGAAUGAAGUAACUCAUAUCAUCACAACACGCCCAGUCCCUGACGAGAGUGUUUUGGAGCGGAUCAGGAACCAAGACAACACCGAGCAGUUUCCAGCAGCACAACUGGAUCCCAGGAAGACUACCGCCAAACCCUUGACUCAGCAAGUCCCCAAUGCUGAGAUGGGCAUCCUCGUCAAAGCACUCAGCCUGGGGAUAAAAAUCUGGACGCUCGACUUGACAUUGAAGCUUCUUAAUCCCCUGGCGCCCGGACUAGCUAAGCAAACCGAUGACCGCAAGCUCAAGGACAUGCUGCAGUACGAAAAGGUUCAUGGAGUUUCAACAGUACAUAUCGACAACUCGACAAAGCCCGAUUUUUACGCGUUCCAGGGGAAAUAUGUGCUAGUGGAUGACACGACUGGCUAUUAUCGCACCAUCAUGGCCUACGACUUCACCGCAAAGCCGUCCCCGACUGAGAAACAGCCGUGGCCAAGACUUUAUAUCCAAGAUUCCGACAGGAGCCCCUUCUGCCUCAUCGAGCCGGCCAUCAAGGCGUCCGAGAGGCUAUCCGGAGCGCGGGACGACAAGGGACAGGAAAUCAAGCAGGACAAGGAUCUCCCAAACGCUGUUCAGGAUGCUCGACCCGCCGAUGACCAAAAGUUGUCUCCCUCCGCCAUGGCUUCAGGGCUCGUCAACUCCAUUACCUCGAAUAUUAUCUCGACAACGACCUCGACCGCGUCCAAGCCUGCUGCAGCCAACCCUCAACAGGACCGCAGAGUGGAGCAGCUUGAGAAGCGUGCGCUCAACGCGACCAAGGUGGAGGCUGGAGUUUCGACCGACUUUGUCAAAAAGCAAGAAUUUGCGCGACCUCUCGAUGUUGCACGGCAAGAUAAGGGGGGUGCGACUGUGGGUAGCGCAACACAGGACAUUGUACCCGACAGAGAGGCGAUAGCAGAUGCUGAAAGCAAAAUGCAACCGCCGACUUUACCCGUCAAGCAUAACUCAGGACUUGCCAUCUCCGCGAAUAACGAACGCGCCGUGGCCCAAGGCCACGAUACUCUGGUUCCUGUAAGGAGAGAGGCGAAUAAUGCCCUGUCAACCCACCCUAUCCUAGAGACACCUGUCAGUCACACUGCGAAGCACAAGGAAGCCAAGGACUACCGGAAACAGCGCUACUGCGAGAACUGCCGGGGGUUCUUUGAGAACUUUGAAAAGCACAUCGAGUCUCCAGCGCAUCGAAAGUAUGCUCAUGAUGCCUCCAAGUUUGCGCAAUUGGACAUCCUCUUGGCCAAGUUACAGCGCAAGCCAAAUAUCUCAUCUGGUCUUUCAGAGUUACCGACAACCUCCCCUGCACCGGCUGAAUCCGAACUGAGUGACAGCACCUCCAUGAACGCGGCUUUUGAUAUGACUGUGAAGCCUGCCCUUGAUCCUGUCGGCGAGGUCAACAUUCAAGAAGGGAUGGAUAUUACCCCCCAUACCCAGGAGCUUUCGAUCGCUAUGAAUAUACCUACGUUGCAUCCUGAGCAGGACAUGUCACGAGUGCAGGGCGAGAUGGUGCAGGAGACGCAAGGGACAGCCGACAGACCUCUUUGUCGUCAGAAUGUUGGAGAUGAUGAAGGAAUUGUCGAAGACAUGGAUGAGGAGGGUGCUCCUGGCGAGACGGAAGAUCAGGUCACCUUGACCCUCGAACCCGUAAGGAACGCUGUUGAGGUUUUCGAUAUCGCCGAUGAGUUAUCUUCAGAGAUGUCCCAACUAGGUCUUUCGGAGCGGGGCGUGAAUCGGUUCAGCGAUCAGCCAAACGAUGCAGAGUAUGUGGCGCCAUUCGAAGCUCCGGAGGAGGAGCAGGAGGAGGAGGAGGAGGAGACGGUGGUGGAGACGGUACCUCCGAUCGAUCUCAUGGAGGAUAAGGUAGCUGCUCCAACUAGUCUCCAGAAGGUCCUUCGGCACGAGUUUCGUUUACCUUGCUCUGAAAGGAGUGGGCUCUCGGAUAGCAACGCUACCAGCCAGCUCGAGACGGAUACUACUCAACCGGACGACCGCUUCCUGGACCGUUCGGCUUCGGCGACCGCUUCUGUAGACGAUGGUCUCUCUACUCCUGUUCGACUCUGCUUUGACACUUCAAGCACGGUUGCCAGCCCUAGCGCCUCUCGAACGAUCAACCAAGCUCCUUUCUCUCCCGAAGCCAUGAAUGAGUCUGAUAGGGAGGGUUCGGACGACGGGGUCAGCCUGGUCAAGUCUCCUAGCGCUGGUCGAGGUCAUUUUGGAGGGAAUCAGGGUGUCGGCCUGAGAGACGGGCUGUUCACCCCAAAUCGAAUUGCACAGGAUACGUCCAUGUUUUCGCCCUGCAAGGACAUCACAAGUGGACUCUACAAAGGUGCUCUUAAACGGAAACUCGACAAUGUGCUGGCCGAAGAGAGAGCGGCUGUUCGAUCCCAGUCUCGCGCUGGCACUACUGUCGAAAUACCCGAUGCUUCAAGGUACGCCGGCCAGCUUGUAUCUCGGAAACACCUUUCAAACAUUGGGGCGCAUUCCCAGCUGCUGUCAGACUCUUCUCAUGCUGCCUCUAUCCCAGUGCGUUCAGAAUCAUGGGUCAUUCACUCUCCCUCGCGUUCUUCGACUCGAACGUCCUCCCCGAUGUCUCCCCAUGAGCCCUUGGAGUUGCUUUUCCAGACAUCGCCACCACUGGCGUCUCAACCCCACCAGGCAGCGGUGGAUCCCUCUCACCAGCGGCAGGCUCAAUUAGCCAGCGGAUACUUCCAUCCUUCACUGAGCUCACAGCUGAAAUACGAGUCUCCAUUACUGACUCAUUGGGAACCUCGUCGCCACGGUCAGUCCACCGACUCACAACAAACACCGCCGCCUCUGCAGUCUCAGCAGCGAUCGCAACAAGGAGGCGUUCCGAUAGCUCCUUUCCAAGAUUACCUUAUGAGAGACGAGUCGGAGACGCACGCCAAACCAGGACACGGACCUGUUGUAGCGAGUCGGAGAGAGCCAGAAGCCCCGCCGGCUUCACAAUCUUCUCCCAUCGCGUUCUCAUCACCUGAAGGAUUGUGUUCGCCCGUCAACUAUAUGGGCCAGGGCUUUGGCUUCUCGUCUCCCUCGCAGUCACCCAGCCGACGAGCACAACGGAAAUUCUUCCCGGUGAUGACCCACGCUGAGCAGGAGGAGGAGCGGGUAUACCAACACUAUCACGGCAACCAGCUUCCUGAGCCUGCAGGAGGACAGAAGAAGAUGCGGAGCAGUUCGAGCCUCGCGGAGGCGUAUGAGGAGUAUGGCGAAGGCGCCAUGGUCUUUAUUGAAUAA